AUGGAUUCUAUUCCCUAUGCUAGUGCUGUUAGGAGUGUGAUGUAUGCAAUGGUUGGUUCAAGACCUGACUUAGCUUUUGCGGUUGGUUUGGUUAGCAGGUUUAUGUCUAAACCAAAUCGUGAGCAUUGGGAAGCAGUUAAGUGUAUACUAUGGUAUCUUCAAGGCGCUAUGGAUGUGUGUUUAACAUUCUCUAAAUCUGAUCAUUUUGGGAUUGAAGGUUUCAGUGACCCGGAUUAUUCUACUGACCUCGAUAAGCGAAGAUCAAUGACAGGGUAUGUUUUUCAAGUUGGUGGUAAUAUAAUGAGUUGGAGAUCGGCUUUACAACAUGUUAUAGCUUUAUCUACAACAGAGGCUGAGUACAUGACUUUAUCUGAAGCAACUAAGGAAAGGCUAUCUGUGCAUCCUAACGCGUCUGCACAGGUGAACACAUCGAAGAUAACCAAGGUUGAAACCCUCACAAUUUGUGAGAUCGUUACCUUCGUCAACAAUGAAUCCGCUCAGUUGACGAUGUCAAGAGAAAUCCCAGGUGGUAUUACAGAGGUCAGAGGGCCAACAUCGUUGAUUUGA